AUGAGUAAUAUCAAGAAGAAAAUAAAGAUACGACAGGGUCAUAGAGUUUAUCUUACGAAGAUUCUGGGCAAUGCCGAUGAUAUUGUUCAGAACUACGAUGGAAAUCAAGAAAAGAAACUAAAGCAAAUCAGGAUCACUCUAAAAGAACGAUUGGACACUUUAAAGACCCUUGACGAAGAGAUUCUAGAGCUUAUCGAAGCUGACGAGGAAAUAUCUACUGAGAUCGAAGAAGCAGGAAAAUAUCGCGAGAGUGUUCACGAAAUGAUUGUAAAUAUCGACAGCGUGCUCGAGGCCAAACCGAUGAAUGAAACUAUGUCUAUGAGUAUGAACGAUUCACAGCAACUAUCUACACCAGGACAUUAUCAAUCGACAAUAAAACAUGCGAAGUUGCCAAAACUUACUCUAAAACAAUUUGAUGGACAGCCAUGCGAAUGGCAAGCAUUUUGGGACAGUUUUAAGUGCGCAAUACAUGAGAAUCCGGGGUUAUCCGACGUGGAUAAAUUCAAUUACUUAAAAAGUUUACUGGAAAAGUCUGCAGCAGCCACGAUCGAGGGUUUAUCGUUGACAGAGAGUAACUAUGAAACUGCGAUUGAACUAUUACAGCAAAGAUUCGGAGACAAGCAAGUUGUCAUUAGUAGCCAUAUGGAUAGUUUAUUAAAACUCCCACAACUACGUUCAUCUACCGAUACUAAAGGUUUACGGCGUCUUUAUGAUCAAAUCGAAGCACACGUGAGAGGGCUAAAAUCGUUAGACGUGCCAGACACGGAAUACGGGGCGUUGUUAUUACCGAUUUUAAUCGGCAAAAUACCCGACGAAAUACGCAUUUUACUCGGUCGCAAAAUGACAGGCGAAUCAUGGAAUUUGAAUACGUUACUUGAGAAUUUUCGCGAGGAAUUGGAAAACCGGGAAAGAUGCGAAGGAAUUCAAGCUUUAUCUUUUAGAGACGGUCGAAAUUUCAACGAACAACGAGGAGGGAGAAAAUAUUCGAACACGCCAUUUACGGCAGCAGCGCUAAUGACGGGUAAGACAACUAUUAACUGUUCGUUUUGUCAAAAAGAACAUACGUCAGCCAGUUGUUUUGUUGUUACGGAUAUCGAAGCAAGAAAACAGAUCUUACGAAAGCAAGGACGAUGUUUUUUGUGUCUCAAACGAAAUCAUAUUGCUCGGGAUUGCGAAUCAAG